AUGUCUCCUCUCCCCGUCAACUCUCAGCGUUCUGUUCGUGUCGAGAACAUUAGUCCACGCAGCUCUGUAAUCAACACGCGUGAGCAUGUCAUCGUCAGUACGCUCCAACGCUGGUUCGAAGUCACGCUCGACAGCGAGGCCUCGGCGACUAAAGCUCUUUCACUCUCUGGACACGUUCUUCAGGGCAUGCCCAUUCAAGUCGGCUUGUUGUUUGAUCCAGACCUCCUCGUAAACGUUUCCCAAAAGUCGCAAUCGGACAUUGCGGCCGAUGAGACGCGUCGCAACCUCUACGUGCUUGGUCUUCCUCACGACUUUUCGCUAGAUGAAUUCAAGGCACUCUUUCGACCAUAUGGUACCAUCGAACAUGCCGUAAUUCUCGCCGUUCUCGAUAACUUUUCUCGCCGUCGCGGCUUUGUCGUCUUUGCUACCCAUGCUCAAGCUCGCGCCGCUAUGAGGGCGACACACAAGAUCGGUGUCAAAGGUCACCAGCUCAAUGUGUCCUGGGCAGUUGUUCAGCGAUCUUCCGGUUUUCUCGACGGUGCUGACCGGGUAGGUGAAGCACUUGGAGAUAACUCAGCCUCCGCAAGGAAGCCCAGUAAGGAAACCAUCGCUCCUACAAACGACGGACCAGCAAAGCGUCCCAGCAACCCUAUCGCAUCCUCAAAUACGACCGCUCAUGACUCGAAGCAUGCUCUAUCCACUGAUUUUAUCAAUGACAAUCUCGGCACUACUUUUGCCUCUACUCUGCUCGUUUCCAACCUCUGCCCAUGGCUCUUCCAGACCCAUAUCGAUAUUCACGCUCUCUUUGCUCCCUAUGGCUUCGUUAAGAGGAUUACGUUUAUUCCUCCGCUUCAGACCGUUCCGUCCCCCAAAGAGUCACCAAAGGCUGUUAUCGUCGAAUACGCUGAUCUUCAAAGCGCGCUCUCUGCGCUCUAUCAGCUCAGUAAUACUGCAUUUGGAACGUCUAUUGUUCGCGCGAGUCUCUUCAAGGACGCUAUGCAACGUGCCAUCGCCCUCCAAGUUUCCGAGCCAACCGCCACUUUGACAUCGAAUCAUCAUAUCUCGGCAGCUCCCCUAUACGACCAAGCAAAGCGCACUCACGAGACCGAGCAUACUCAAAAGUCGCGCGUUGAUGUCCAGUAG